UACUGCGGUUUGUUUCAUGGCCGGUCGAGCUCUGCAGUCCCUUAAAAGCUCCGGCAUGUGCUCCGGCUGGUCGGUUGAAAGUUCAAACACUUCAACGACCCCGUCACCGCCAUGCUCCGGCGCCGUCGCUUCCUAACGUCUUUAGCGGCCUUCGCUCGUGGACUCUCUAGGUUGGCGCCUCCGGCGGAUACAGCCGCUCAGCCUGUAAUCCGCGUAUCCAAUAACCUGGCAAGCCUGGGCCCACCUAAGGAGGGACCGAAACCCCGACAACUACUUUCUCUCCCUCCCUUCCCACCCGACGGCGUCGACCCUCUUCCCGGCCGAAAGAUUGCUCCCGAACACGUCCUUGAUGGAAGCUUCUUUCGGCGGAGGGUCACUGCCAUCACCUGGGUUAAGCAUUAUUUCGACGAAGUCCCUCCCGAUGUCAUCCAGAGACAUUUUAGGACCGGCAUGGUUCAUUUGCAAAUCUCAGAUCAUGAAGAUUCUUCUGCGAAACAUAAUCAUCAAUUGCUUAAUCUGAAAAUGAUCAAACACGAUCAUGUUAUGAAGGCUGGCCAGAAGAUUUAUGUUCCUGUAUCUGUUGUAGAGUCAAGAAUAUUGAAGAGAUAUGACACUAUUCCAACAGCAACAUUGCAUCCAAAUGCUGAUGAAAUAAAAUAUUUGCAGAGGCUUGUUAUGUUUAAGGAUUCUUCUAUAAUCGUAUUAAAUAAACCUCCUAGAGUGCCUACGAAGGGACACUUACCAGUUCAUAACAGCAUGGAUGUACUAGCAGCAGCAGCGUUUUCAUAUGGGAGUGAAGAAGGUCCUAAAUUGGUGCAUCGGCUUGACAAAGAGAGUAGCGGGUUGCUGCUGUUAGCUAGGAAAAAAGAAAGCCUUGCUAAACUUCAUUGGUUGUUUACUGAUGUUAAUCUUGCCAAGACAUCAUCUCAGGUCUGGAAUUAUGCUUGUGAAAGAACAAUGCAGCGGUACUGGGCAUUGGUCAUAGGUUCUCCCCAAGAAAAGCAGGGGGUUAUUUCUGCACCACUUUCCAAGGUUCUUCUUAAUGAUGGGAAGACAGAACGAAUAAUGCUUGCCCAUCCUUCAGGCUUUGAUGGUUUUCAAGAAGCUAUAACUGAAUACCGCGUGUUGGGACCAACAAUUAAUGGCUGCUCAUGGCUGGAGCUUCGUCCACUUACUGCCAGGAAGCAUCAGCUUCGAGUGCAUUGCGCCGAAGCGUUAGGCACACCAAUUGUUGGAGAUUACAACUAUGGGUGGUUCGUGCACAAGAGAUGGAAGCAAAUGCCUCGUCCGGACUACGAGCCAUUCACCGGAGCUCCCUAUAAACUUCGGCGGCCGGAGGGCCUUGCCGUGCAAAAAGGGAGCGUCCUAUCCAAGGUGCCCCUUCUUCAUCUCCAUUGUAGAGAACUGGUGAUCCCCAAUAUUGCCAAGUUCCUAGGCAACUCUAAUGAGUGGUUUGAUGAGGGAAAUCCAUGGUCAUCUAGUAAGCCUGAUGUGCUCCGUUUUGUAGCUCCAAUGCCCUCACAUAUGAAGAUUAGUUGGAAUUGCAUGUCUUCUUUCUUGGUAUAAUGAAAAUUUUUUUGUAUUAUUUUGGUGGCUUAAUUAUCAUUCUUAAUGAAGGAAAUGAAGGGCUGAAAACAUUAUGGAGGAAAGGUAUCUUAUUGUCUUGAUGAAUUUUAUAGCAAAUAAAGAUAAUAGGAUUCUUAUGUUACCAAUA